AGUCGUACCGGGAUCCUCGACAGUCGCUGGUGGACCGUACUGAACUAUAAUACACAAUCCGUCAGACUAAUGUUGAGAUCCUAUUCCACGGAUAUGAAUCACUACGUUUGUGAAAAUUCCUCUGGGAUGUUGUGCGUAUAGUGGUGUUAGUGCCAGAGUCAUAUUUGUUGAAACAUUACCUUCUAAGAUGAUGAAGCCACGAUUAUUACUGUUGGUAAGCUGUGCCGUGGCGGUUUCCUACGGACAGUCGAGCGGGAGGAUCAGCUUUGGAGAUUCAGAUUCCCAGCCUCGACAGAGUCAGGAUGGACCGCAGUUCCAGCAGUUUCAAACUCAGGGCCCUACAGGUCCUCCCGUAUUUCCGCAAGGUCGUCCAAAUGGAACGCGACAGGGCAAGGAUCUCUUGGACUGGAUAGGCCUGGGCGCAGGGCCGAACGUGGAUCCAUUUCUGGCUAGGACCAACACUGCUUGUCUGAAUGGUGAUCUCGCCGAAUGUUUCAAGUCCAGAGCGCUGAAUUCUUUGUCAGAGUUCUUUGACCAGCAAGAAUAUAGCCUGAACGGCAACGUCAGGGUCGUUAGGAUGUCGAGGGACGUUGUACGCGAGGUUAGCCGUCAACCGUACGAGUUCUCCAGUGCUCCCAGGAGCGAAGAGAGUGAGUGGGAUCAACUGGUGAAAUUUGCUGCCAGAAAGGCCGAGAAGUUCGUGAAGACCGUUGCGUUCGAGGUUGAAAUACCAAGUGAAGCUGUUGGAGAGAACGAGGUAUAUGCACCCAGGUUCUUGGACGAGAUUGCUGAUGAGAUUGACACAAUUGAAAACAAGAAGGACACUCAUUUCUCUCGAAUCCGGCUAAAGAAGUUGUUGAUUCCCAUGCUGAUCAUCUUAAAGUUGUUCAAAUUAAAGUUACUGCUCUUCUUACCUUUGAUUCUGGGCUUGGCCUCGUUCAAGAAGUUCUUGGGCUUCAUAGCGAUUGUUAUACCAGGCCUAAUAGGAUUUUUCAAGCUCUGCAAACCUCAGGUGCAAAACUAUCAGCCUCCAGUGUAUAGCCAAAGUGGCGUGGGAUUUCCGUAUUACAAAGAGAAUGCCAAUAACUACAAUCACAAUGAUUAUCAUGAAAACGAUUACCAUGGCCAUCAGGGAGGACCGCCAGUAUCAUUCGGUCAAGAUCUUGCUUAUCAAGGUUAUAACGGAGAGUAUGGUAAAUAGACCGUGUCCCGAGGUCAACUCGAAGAAUAUUCAUGAGAAAGUUAUAUUCAGUGCCAAGGACCCGAGUUGUAGUACGUGAUUAGGCAAACUUUAGAGAUUAUUGUGCAAACGUAAGUGUUAUUGCCUCGACUUGGUACUGUGACUCAGUUUACGUAAGAAAAAUGUAGAAACGUUGACCGGUAAAGCCAUACCUCACUCGACCAAGUCAUUGGCUUCUCAUGUUUUUUGUUAGCAUUCAUCUUCAUUUUCAAUUUAAUUUAUAUUUUACUCCGUUUAAUAUUAAUUUAAAAGUAAUGUCAAGACUGCCGAUGCCUACACAAGUACAUAAGUAGGUAUUAAUAAGCCUUAAUUUCUGAAAUUGAUUAGGAUAAUCCACGGGAUGCUAGUCAUCUCUCUGUAUUUAUGUGUAUAUUAAUUAUCAAUAAAUAUCUGUAUAUAAUAUUUCUUAC